AUGGAUUCGCAAGGGCAGUUGCAACGUACUCAUGGUCAUCAUCAUCAAGCAGAGGAACCUAUCAAGAUUCACCAUCCAGAGGAAGAAGGGCAUCAUGAGAAAGGACCAUCGAAAGUUUUAAAGAAAGUUAAAGAAAAAGCAAAGAAGAUAAAGAAUGUUCUUACUAAACAUGGACAUGGACAUGGUCAUGAACACGGACAUGGUCAUGAGCACGGUCAUGGAGAACAGCACAUCCCUGACGAUCAUGAUCUAGAUGAGGAAGAUACUGAAGAUUACGACGUAGGCCAACAAGUCCACGCUGGUGCACCAGCACGAGGAAAAGCUCAUCAUGGUCAUGAUCCGAUGAAGGAAGACAUAGUCCCUCCAGGGACAAAGGCUUUUCCGGUCGUGUCCUCUUCCCACGCUAAAGCCUCUGAGCCAAUCAGAGGAGUAGCCACCAACGCCUCUCACGGCCACGAAGCUCACGGACAUGAAGCUCUGCCUCAUCCUGCCUCUCACGGACAUGAAGCUCUGCCUCAUCCUGAAAGACGCUUAGGUGUGUCAGAAAAAGAAGAGAGAAAAGGCGUUUCUACUCUGACACCACAUAACACGCCUGUGUCUUUGCUCUCUGCUACAGAGGAUGUUACUAGAACGAUCACUCCUGGUGAACAACGCCGAGUUAACACCGAGAGAAACAGAGGAUUAGUGGAAGACUCGUCUGCACCAGGUAAAGGGAUGUCGAAUUAUCAGUCCAAAGUCACUGAUCCUACCGGAAAAGCUGGUGGAGAAGUUGGAGCAGGACAGACUGUCUCAGCUCUUUCGAGGUUGAUAGGAACGGAUAAAGAUGAUAAGUUAGGGCACGGAAGAGAUAUACCGGUGAGGAGCCACUUAGCGGCAGAGAAAGAGUUUCAGACAAGGAGCCAUGACUUUGGUGUGAAGUCAGGAGCUGCUUUGGGUAAAGAUUUUCCGACAGGAACUCAAACUAAACAAAACACUGAACGUUUUGAGCAACAGAGAGGAGAUCAUGAAACGCACCAGCAGGAUCAGAGCAGCUACACCGAUAAGAUCGCAUCAGUGACUUCAGUCGUAGCGGAUAAAGCUGCAGCGGCCAAAAACGCCGUCGCUUCAAAGCUUGGCUACUCCGAUGAAGGUGGAGACGUAAGACACGAGAUCCAUGUAGAAGGAGCUGACACUCCGAGCGAAGGAUACGGAACCAAGGUUGCAUCAAUGGUGACUCCAGUUUACGAGAAAGUCAAAGAAACAGGAGCUAACGUGAUACACAAGUUACCUUUCUCCGGCGAAACCGAGACACAACAAGGACAGGACAAAGGUGUCUCUGCAAAAGAAUACGUAGCGGAGAAACUAACUCCAGGGGAGGAAGACAAGGCUUUGUCUGAAGUGGUAACCGAGAAGCUUCAUCUCGGAGGAGACACGACGGAGACCCAUAAGAAGGGGAUAGUGACUCAAUCUAAGGAGGUUGAGGAAAGGUUAGGAGGGUUCCCGGAUCCUAAAUCGGAAGGAGCGACAAAACACGGUGAAAGAUUUGCUGAAGAAGGUGAAGGAGGGAUGGUGGAUAAGCUGAGAGGAGCUGUAACUUCGUGGAUCUUCGGUACGGCGGAGGAAGUGACUCAAAAGUCUACAGAGUCGGUUCAAGACUCUUCACAAUCUGUAGGCGCCACCAUUGGGAAUAUGGGAUUUUCCGGUUCGGGAGCUGAUGGGGCGGGUCAACGCAGCGGUGAGAAGCGUGGAUCUGUGCCUGUGCAGAAGAGGUUCCAAGAAAAUUGA